UUUGGUUUGCACUAGAGGUUCUUUUCAAUUGCUCAUUCGAAAAACGAAAAGGGAAAGGGCCAAAAGACCAAAAAAAACCGAACAGAAAAAGAAAAAGGGCCUCAUCGUACGACCCUUAACUUUUGUUUGCACUCUACUCCAACCUAAACUCAUAGAGUAAGAAUGUCGCUAGCGUCACCUCCGGCUAGUGAUGGUCAUCCUGAUCGACUGUUGAAUCUGCACUUGAAUAAUUCUUCGCUUUCAAAUUCUCCAACGACUUCAACGGCUUCGAAUGCUUCCACUUUACCGGCUGUCCAUGCAUUACCUUCCUUAUCCACUCCUUUAUCUAUCGUUAAUCCAAAAGUUCAUUCAAAUCAAAAGCCCAGUUUUUCUUAUGAUUUAGAUGUUUUCAAUCAAUGCAAAACUUAUUUGAAUGAUAAAAAUCACCACGGUUUAGCAUUAAUUUCUCGUCAGAAGGGAACUCCUCCCUUUUUAAGAUUUAAAAUUUGGCCAAUUUUAUUAAAAUUCCAUCCUUUUGUUUUAAAUCCCUUUAUUCAACCAGAUAAUGAAAUAAUUAAUGAUAAUAUUCAAAAAAAGAAGGAUUCUGAUGAUGAUUCAUCUCAAGAUUCUGCCAAUGGUGAUGAAAUGAAAUCAAAAGAUGAUAUACUAAGAGAUCAAAUAAGAAAAGAUUUGAAAAAAUAUAUCCAAAGAAUAAAGUUCUCUUCGGGUAUAAGUGAUGAUCAUUAUUCAAAUGAUUUAAUUGACACUCCUUUUGGUAAAAUUAAUAAAUUAGAAUUGAUGAUUUUUGAAGUUAUUGAAAAAUCAGUUUUUAAAUUUAUUAAUAAAUGGGGUAAAAUUAUUAAAUAUGAUCAAGCAUUAACUUGGAUUGCUUUGGGUUUGGCUGAAUGGUUACCUCCUUUACCUCACACAAGUUGGGUUUUAGUUGGACGAGAAUCAAAUAACAACCCUGGUCAAAGUAAUUUUAAUUCAACUACUCCAACCAAUAGUAAUACUAAUCAAAAUUCAAAUGAAAGUAGUUCAAAUAAUAGUUUUAUUCAAUUAUCUUUACCAAAUCAAAAAAAUUUAUUGAUUAAAAAUGUUUUUGAUGACUACUCAAAUUAUAUUCACAACACUAAAGGUUUAGAAGAAUAUUUAAAUGACUUAAUUAAUGAUGAUACUAUAAAUAAUAUGACUUUCCAUGAUGUUUUUGAAAGAUUGGCUUUGGUUGUAUUGCAUUCUCCUGAAGAGCGUACAAGAAAAAUGGCUCUGGCUAAUAAUAAAUAUCGUAAUCGUCGUGAUAGUAAUAAUCGUCGUCGAAAUCAGAGAAAUUCCUCAACUAGAAUAUCAAAAUCUUCCAAUUCUCAUCAUGAUUUAGAAUCCAUUCGCAAGUCCUUGAAAAACCUUGAUGCUGUCGAUGAUAAUGAAUCUGUUACACUGUCCAGUACAAAUAAUAGCUCUAGUGCUAUUGAUGAAGAAAUUGGUGGUUUUAAAAUUGAUAAAACCACUUUACCAAUUAGUGGUGGUACAAUUGAAGAACGAGUAUCGUUUUUCAUUUAUAUUUUAAGAAAAUUAUUACCAGAAUUAUCUAAUUUUUUCCAAGAAGAACAAAUCCUUAAUAAGUUCGGAAGUAGUGAUGAUGAAUGGCUUAUUUGGUGGUUAAAAUAUGGAGGUUCAAAAGUGUGGUCUCCUUUGGACCGUGGUAGAAUUUGGGAUUCGAUAUUAGGUUGGAGAAUUCCAAAUAAGAAAAACGAACGUAAAAAUAAACAUUAUUAUUUGGAUAAAUUGAAUAUUGACCCAAGAACUUUGGAAAAAUUAGGACCCGAUAGUUUUUGGUCGGUUGAUAAUGACGAUUAUGAUUCUAAUAGCGAAGCCAAAUUUGAUGAGGGCGAUAAUACCGAUAAUUUAAUUCCAUUUUCUCAAAUUGAUCCUCAUAUCGAAUUAAUUUUUAUUUCUUUGGCAUUAUUGAAGUCAAAAGAAAAUACAUUGAUCGAAUUAGAUCAGCAUGAAAUAAGACAAUAUUUAUCCAAAUUGCCAACGAAAUCCUACAGCAGAAGUGAUAAAUAUAAACAAUACAAAGAACAGAAGGAGAAACAGAAGGAAGAAGAACAGAAGAAUCGUCAAAGAUCUCUAUCUGCAUCCUCUACGUCCACUACAUCAAAUUUCGAAAUAGGAUCUACUCCCCCCUCAUCGUCAAUUUCUACAACCUCUGAUGACUCGAAUAGUGAUGCUAAUGAUGACAAUAAAAUCAUAACGAAUAAUUCCGAUGACACCUUCAAAGUAAACUUCAUGGAUAACAUCAUCAAUGAAGCAGGUGAGCUUUGGAGAAAAUGGUUAUGGCUCGAAAUGGUUGAUGAUAACUAAACGAAUUUCUUAUGAGUUUUAUAGAUAUGUACAUAGUUUUUUUUUUUUUUUUAUAUAUACGUUUUGUAUUAUAAUACAUCCGUACAUCCAG